GGCCAGGCCGGGCCGGGCCUGGCCGGCGAGGGAGCGGGGGGCACCGCGCGGCCGGCGCUGUCCUUCCCCCCGCCCCCCAUCUCCGCGGCCCGCUCUCGGGGGAGGCAGCGCCGCGCGGGAGGAGGGAAAAUCCUAUGGAGACCAGGCACUGCCAGGAUCUGCCUGCCUGAUUCCUGAGUGGGAGAAGACACCCGGGCCAUGCUGGAGGCCCCUGGCUGGUUGGUGCGCAGAGCACGAUGCCUUUCUUGCAUGGCUUCCGCAGAAUCAUCUUCGAGUAUCAGCCCCUGGUAGAUGAGAUCUUGGGGCUACUGGCAAUACCAGAUACAGAAAGACAGAGCACUCUCGAGAGCGCUGCCUCUCUGGGCAGUGAGAGGAGCCGGCUGUCUGCUGUGAGACGAGUCUUGGAGAGGGAGACGCACUCCCCUUUUUAUCAGGAAGGUGUGAGCUAUGCCCUGCUGAAGGUCACCGAGCUGGGCUUUGUCCCCGCAGCAGAAAUCCUCCUGGAGUUCGGGGCUGACCUCAGCUUUGAAGAUCCAGUCACCUACUACACCCCUCUGCACAUCGCAGUGCUCCGCAACCAGCCAGAUAUGGUGGAGCUCCUGGUGCACCAUGGGGCUGACAUCAACCGUAGAGACCGGAUUCAUGAGAGCAGUCCUCUCGAUCUGGCCAGUGAGGAGCCUGAGCGGAUGCCCUGCCUCCAGCGUCUCCUUCAGCUGGGGGCCGAUGUCAAUGCAGCAGACAAAAACGCUGACUGUGACUGCUCCAUCACAGGAAAGACAGCAUUGUUGCACGCCCUGGCUAGCAGUGAUGGUGUCCAGAUCCACAACACUGACAGCAUCCGUCUCCUGUUGGAAGGAGGUGCGGAUGUCAGGGCCACCACCAAAGAUGGUGACACUGUCUUCACCUACAUCAUCUUCCUGCUGGGAGAGAUGGUGUGCAGCAACACAGAGGAGGCGCAGGUGAUCAGUCGCUUCUGCUUUCGUGUCACCCAGCUGCUGCUGGCCCAUGGUGCUGACCCCAGUGAGUGCCCGGCCCCCGAGUCCCUCACCCACCUCUGCUUCAAAAGCUUCAAGCGCCACUUCCUGCUGCUGCGUUUCCUGCUGGAGUCGGGCGCUGCAUACAACUGCUCCCUUCACGGCCCCUCGUGCUGGUCAGGCUUCCACAUUGUCUUUGAGUGCCUCUGCUCUCACCUCAGUGUCUCUGAAGAUGACAGCUUCUCCACAGACCUCAUCCAGAAGGGUCAGAUUCUGCUAGAGCUCAUGAUGGCUAGUUCACAAGCCAUUCAGCUGCCCACCAACUUUGAGGUCAACACCAGCAGCUGCAGGUACCAUGGGGAGAAGAUCAGGACUCUUUUCUGCUCUUUGAAGCAACUGGAGCAUUCCCCACAGGGGCUGAAACAUCUCUGCCGGGUGUUUAUCCGACAGCGCCUUAAACCAUGGCCGGUGGAUGUCAAAAUCAAGGCCCUACCUCUUCCAGACAGGCUAAAGUGGUACCUUCUCAUUGACCAUGCUGCUGUUGAGCAUGAGGACCUCUGAGCCCAACCAGUGCCUCUCUAUCUCCCCACCUCUGAUCAUGGUGCCUCUUCCAGGACAGCCAGCAAACCCUUGCUCUGGACCUGCUUUCUCCACAGCAAGAAAUGCUGCUCUCCCCGUGCCCACAGUUUGGCCUGUGCUGUCCCCAGAGUCUCUCUGCUGUGUUUUGGGGGUGUGCUUUUUCACACAGAGCUGCAUGUCCUGUGGAGGCCUCGCUGCUCUGUGCAUUUUGAGCAGGCAGGUAGAGCGUUAUAGCUCCUGCGCAGUGAAAAGAGUCCCUGGGCAUCGGGGAAGCUGAAUACUGGGGUAGAGGGCUGGAUUUUCAGAAGAGGCCUGGUAGGACCAGUGGAGCAGUUGGGGAUGGUAUGACUGGACAAGCAGCUUUUUCCCUCUCUUCCCAGCUCUGCCAGGUUUGGGAUGGGUGAAGCAGUGCCUUAAGUGGGUGGUGGAGUCAGGAGGCACCUCAGGAGGCUGAGAAAAGUUUGCUCCCCAUCCUGGAGGCAGAACAGCAGUGGGCAGAGAUGCCCUGGGUCAGGCCCUGUGUGGUCUGUCCUGCAGGAGAUGCUGGCCUCCACCCUGGUUUUGUGCCUCCAGUCUUGUUGAAGGGAGCAGCCAUGGUGAAGGCAUGUUCUGGGUGGACAUGGAUGCAUUCCUUGCUUGCCUUGGUGUCUGAAACCAGGAGCAUGGAGGGGAUGAAAGAGAAGGGGGUUGGCACUGGCAGCCUGGCUGCUUGAGUUUUUGCUGGGAGCUCCCCAUUUUCCUGACACAGAAGAGGAUCAAUCAAGGACAUCUCAGACGAUGUGCUCCAAAACAAAUGGAGAAGCGGCUGUUACUUGGUUCUGUCGUAUGUUACUUGUGCAAGGAUGAGAAAUGGGCUGCCAGCUCUGCUCAGUGCCUUGUGCCUCCCUGUUCUUUGGCCUGUUACAUGGUCCUCUCUGUUCUCCUGCUAACUGCUCCCAGGCCCUUGGUUUUCAAUGCCUCCUUCCCAGCAACAAGAAAUAGCUGCAGGGCUCUGUGUCCUUCUAGCUUGCCAGGCUGCUACUGGAAGCUCCAGCCUCUGGAGCUGCACGUGGAGGUCCCAUGUGGCAGCCCUGUCGCAACCAUCUGGCUCCACUUCUAGGCAUCUGGUUCCUUCUGAAGUGCCAAAGCCUGGCUGUAGAGCUCAGCCCCCCUCUCCUUUUUUUAACCAUGAGGGACAGACACAGAAGAGGAUCAAGAGAGGAAAAGUCUAUUCUGAGCAGGUACAAUUGAUAGCAAAUGGGUCUGGGAUCAACAAGUGAAGUUUGGCUGCAGAAGGGUUGUUUCUGCACAUUGCCCUCCUGGCAGCAUUUGGAUUUUUUUUAACCUUCUCUCACCCCACAGAGUUGGAGCUGUACAUCCUGAUAAAUCAGUGGGUUUUUUUCUCUCUCUUUUUUUUUUUUUUUUUAAGUGAUCAUAUACUCCCCUGUGUCUGGAAUGGAAAACGAGCAAUUAAAUGAGGCCUUUUAUAAUAGCAACAA